CUUCAAGCUUCAGUUCCUUCCAUUUACUCCACACACGCUUCUAAAUCUCGCCACAUCUCUUCGCGUCACAAAAAAACACACUUUAUUAAUUCGCCGUGUCAGGAUAAACCCGCAACUCGUCUCAGUGAACUUUUUAAGCUUAUUCGGCUCGCUCAGCGUGCUAUAGUUAGCUCAACUUGCUAGUUAGCUUAGCUUGUUAGCUGCUAACAAAGUGACGCAGAAGUUAUCAACACGUCGCUAAGCAGAGAGCGAGUUUAAAGUGUAAAGUGUUGUGAUUGUGUGGAAAUGUGCGAAAGAACGAUAGCAGAGUACAAGGAGGAAUUGUCAGCAACAAAAGAGGAGAAGGAGCGACAACAUCAACUACUGGACGCUGUUUUCAAGGAACAUCAAGUUGUGUUACACAGAACAGGUGCACGUGAAGAACAUCUCCCUGGGCAGCAGGAGUGGAUCUCCUGGACGGAGCAGGAGGAGCCACAGGCCCCCCAACUAAAAGAGGAAAAGAAGGAACACAGCAUCAGUCAGGAGGGAGAGCGUAUUGAAGGAUCGGAGGAGGUUGGCGUCACCAGGAGGCUGUUGACUGUCAUUGUGAAGAGGGAAGACGAUGAGGUUAAAAGUGAAAGUGAGGAGAAGAGAGAGGCGGAGCUUCCAAGCAGCAGCUCAACUCGACACAUGACAACAGAAGGUGAUGGAGACCACUGUGGAGGAUCACCAGCAGACAAGCUCUUAGCUCCACUGUCAGAUAGUGACGACGCAACCUCACACUCUCCUGACACUGAAGAUGAAGAUUCUAAAGUUGAUACGACAUGUCACACUGACAACACACACUUUCAAUGCUCUCACUGCGACAAAACCUUCAAUCACCGUUGUAAUCUGAAGACACACAUGAGAAUACACACUGGGGAAAAACCUUUUUCCUGUUUAAACUGCGGCAAAGAUUUUACUCAGUGGCAACAUUUGAAAACACACGUGAGAACGCACACCGGAGAAAAACCAUUCACGUGCUCAAUUUGCCGUAAAAGAUUCUCCAGGAAGGAACAUUUAAAAUUACACGCCAGAGUACACGCCGAAGACAAACCCUUCAUGUGCUCGGUAUGUAGUAAAAGAUUUUCUCGGAAGGAAUAUUUGAAAGUUCACAUGAGAAUACACACCGGAGAGAAAACUUUUCCAUGUUCAGUCUGUGCUAAAAGUUUUUUACGAAACACCGAGUUAAAAAAACACAUGAGAACACACACCGGAGACAAACCUUAUUCUUGCUCAAACUGCGGUAAAGAUUUUACACAAAGGCAACAUCUGAAAGUACACAUGCGAAGACACACUGGAGAAAAACCAUUUUCAUGUUCAAUCUGUGGUCAAGGAUUUACACAAAAUAGCACUUUGAAAGUACACAUGAUAAUACACACCGGAGAAAAAACAUUCUCCUGCUCGGUAUGUGCUCAAGCUUUUGCAAAAAAUAGUCAUCUGAAAGUACACAUGAGAAGACACACUGGGGAAAAACCGUUCUCAUGUUCAACCUGUAGUAAGGAUUUUUUAGAAAACAAUGCUUUGAAAGUACACAUGACAAUACACACGGGAGAAAAAACAUUUACGUGCUCAGUUUGUUGUAAGAGAUUCUCCCGGAAGCAAAGUUUGAAAGUACAUACAAAAAUACACACCGGAGAAAAAGAUUUCUCCUGUCCAGUCUGUGGUAAAUGUUUUACACACAACAGCGAUUUGAAAGUACACACAAGAACACACACUGGCGAAAAACCAUAUUCGUGUUCAAGCUGCGACAGAAGCUUUUGUGAACAAACAAAACUCGCAAGACACGCGCGAACGCACACUGGCGAGAAACCGUAUUUCUGUUCAACCUGCAACAGAGGCUUUGCUGACCAGUCGGCGCUUAAAUUACACAUGAGAAGACACACGGGUGAGAAAGUGUACAGUUGCAGUGCGUGUGGUGAAAGAUUCUCUUAUAAGUACCAGUGUGAGAAACACGGGUGUGCUGGUGAGACCGGCAGCAAAUGAUUGAUGAUUUUGAAUAAAUUGUCAAAAUUUUACAUUCAAACAUCACCACAAAUAACGUGUGACAUCAUUGUGUAGGUGACACAAUCUUGUUCAUAUGCCGCUACUAUUUAUAGAUUGUAAUUUUUUGAAUAUUGCUGUUAUUUCAGGCAAAUACACACAUUAAUAUACAACAUUGUGUUCAUGGUGGCACAGGGGUUAGUGCGUGUGCCUCACAAUACCAAAGUCCUGGGUUCAAUCCUGGGCUCGGGAGUUUGCAUGUUCUCCCCGUGACUGCGUGGGUUUCCCUCCGGCUUCCUCCCACCUCCAAAGACAUGCACCUGAGGAUAGGCCCCUCCCACCUCCAAAGACAUGCACCUGGGGAUAGGCCCCUCCCACCUCCAAAGACAUGCACCUGGGGAUAGGUUGAUUGGCAACACUAAAUUGGCCCUAGUGUGUGAAUGUGAGUGUGAAUGUUGUCUUGUCUAUCUGUGUUGGCCCUGCGAUGAGGUGGCGACUUGUCCAGGGUGUACCCCGCCUUCCGCCCGAAUGCAGCUGAGAUAGGCUACAGCACCCCCCGCGACCCCAAAAGGGACAAGCGGUAGGAAAUGGAUGGAUGGAUGGAUAUUUUUUCCAUAAAGUAAAAACAAAACACAAAACAUUCUUAGUUACCUGAGAUACUAAGUAUGUCAUUAUUAUGACUUAGUAAGUCAUUAUUUUGUCAUUAUUAUGACUUAGUAAGUCAAUAUUUUGACUUACUAAUUUACUAAGUCAAAGUAAUGACUCCUUAUGUGGGCUCUGAACCGAGGAUGUCAAUGUGGCUUGUGCAGCCCUUUGAGACACUUGUGAUUUAGGGCUAUAUAAAUAAACAUUGAUUGACGGUUGAUUGAAGCAGUAGAAAAUGGAUGGAUGGUGUUCAUAUGCUUUUCAAACAAAUAUUUUGCCAAUUGUGUUAACUUUUUUCAUUGAACAGUACAAAAUGGUUAUAUUUAACAUACUAAAAUGUGUAUUUAGAUAUUAAUAAUUCCGUUUUAUACUAAUUCAUACAUAUUUUUAUACACGUUUUUAAACAUGUGAAGUUUGUUACAUGUUUCCUUUUUGUAAUUUUAAAGGUUUCCAGAGAUAAACUCCUUUUAUAUGAUAUACAUAUUUUACAUUUGUUCAUAACUUUGCUUUUGAGUGCACAUCAAUUCCUCUUAAUUCAUAUUUACCAUCUGAAACAUUUUCUGGACCACUUCUGGAAGCUUUUUUUUUAUUUUACUUUACACAUCAUUCAAAGAGUUGUGUAUUCUAAUAUAUUUACUUUUAAAAUGUGUGACUUCAUGAAUCAUUUGUUGAGACAAAGCUACGAACAAUGGGAGACUGGGCUUUCUGCUCCGUCGCUCCCAGUCUGUGGAACGCUCUCCCUGACCACCUGAGGACACCUCAGACUGUGGAUGCUUUUUAAAAAGGCUUAAAAACCCUUCUUUUUAAAAAAGCCUUUUUUUUUUUUAGAUAUAUGCAUACUAGUUUUAGCUAUUUGGCUGUUCUAGUUUUUAUUUUUUAUUAUCUUUUUAUUUUU